UUCUACUACUACGCGAAUCAAUGACGUACUAAUCAUUUAUCGUAAUACAAAUGUGACACUUCAAGUGUAGAAGAAGGUGCCUUCUUUCGUAAACCCAUACAUUUGAAAAGACAAAACAAAGUAAUUUAUAACAUAUAUUAUGGGUUUAAUGCGGUUCACCAUUAAAGCUAGUUUAGUUGGUGGUAUUAUUUAUUAUUCUGUACAAGAAGGUAUUUGGUCAAAACAUGAUGAUAGUCUUAAAGUUUAUGAUAAAAUACAUCAAAAUUUAGAUCCAUAUUUGAAGGAUAAUAUACCUAAAGAAAUAACCAAAGAGAUUUCAUCAAUACCAAAUGUCACAGAUUUUAGACAUUGGUUAGCAACAAAAUGGAAUGCAGGAGUUAUAACGAGUAUUAAAUUUGUUGCUGAUAGUCCUUCGCAUAUUGCAAAUGCUUAUGAAACGGUAUCUAAAUUUACUAAGGAGAAGACAGAACAAUUGACCAAAACUGAAUAAACAUUUGUGUUCAUUUUAUUAGUCGUAUUGUAUAAAUUUUAGAAAAAUAUUUGUUAUUGUCCAAUCGCCGCAAUAAAAAUGUUAUAUAAUGUAUAA